AUGGCCUGGCCCAGCACACGCGUUGCAGAGUGGGAGGUCCCGGAUGGGCUUAUCCGACCGCAUCGUCCGCAGGAGGGGCUGACCCACAAGCCGCUAUGGCCAUACAUCGGCAGGAUCCCGGAGGAGAGCGAAGAUCGGCGCAUGGAUCGACUGGGCAGCCCUACUGGUGGCUCCAGUACAAUUGAGUCAUGGGAGGGCGAGCCCUAG